UCCCACCGCGCUCCUCCCGCGGAGCCCGGAGGUCGCGGUCGCGCAGCCUCCGCUGAAGCGGCGACGGAAGUCGGCGAGGGGCGGCCCGGCCCGGCUCGGAGCCCCGACGGGGAGCGGCUCCGCCCGGAAGCCGCCGCCUCGUGAUUGCGCAGAGCCCAGCCGAGCGGCCGGCCGGGCAGGGCGCGCCCCCGAGAUGAAGCCGUCCGGGACGCUGCGGCAGCUCUCCGACUUCAGCGACCUGAGCCGGGGCCGGAGGCUGCAGGAGCUGCUGUGCCACGGCGAGGAGCCCCGACGCGUCCGGCCCAGCCCCGACGGGAGGCACCUCGUGGUGCUGCAGGAGAACCGGCCGCCCCCCCUGCCCCAGGUGGUGGCCUUCCAGCUGCGGGGCGGCGGCGGGGCCGAGCUGGAGAGGAGCUGGCGGCCCCCGCAGCCCGCCCUGGCGGGACUGGUCUUCCCGCAGAGCCCCGCGGCGCCGGGCCGCUGGGCGCUGGGCAUCGUGUGGGAGCACGGCCGCGCCGAGCUCUGGCGCUUCGGCUCGGCGGAGGGUUGGCAGCUGCUGCAGACGCUGGAGCUGUGCCAGGGUGCCCGGGCGCGUGUCGUGUCCGUGUGCAGCCAGGCGGCCAGCCUGGUGUGGUGCGAGGAGAGGCCACCCCUGGACACCCGCUCGGACGUCAGCAAAUGUGCCUUCAGGUUCUGCGUCUGUGCCCGCGCCCUGGAGCUGGGGGAGCAAGGCGUGCGGCUGGGCCCUGUGAGGAUAGUCCUGCACAACUGCCCCGAGUACCGGGUCCUGGCCUCUCCUUGGCACGUCUUCCUGGUGCCCGCUUCUGGCAGCUUUGCCACCGCCUCCAAGUUCCUCCUCAUCUGGCAUCCCGAGCAGGCAAAGCUCACCAUCGCAGCCCCCUCCGCAGGCUUUGUCCACAGCAAGGUGCUGCACUCCAGCAGCGAGUCGGACUUCAGGAAGCUCCUGCUUGGCUCCGUGGGUCUCCUCUCAGCUUUGGCACCUCUGGACAUUCACACCUGUGCCGUGUCCAGUUGUGGGGCUCUGUUGCUGGUGAGCAGGAAGGGUGCUGUGAACGUGCUAGAGGCAGAUGGGACGCAGAGGCAUGUUUUUGACCUGGAAGCGGAGCCUCUGGCCCGAGGUGAUGCCGUUGAGCUGAAGACCUACGGUAGCAUCUUGGCCUGCGUGCUGGCUGGAGUUCUGUACCUUGUCAACCAGAACAGUGGGAGGGUCAUAGAAAAGAAAAUCCUGAGCAUGAAAGAGGUGCAUUUCCUGGAGUCCCCGGAAGAGGAAGAUAGCAUUCAAUUUCUCGCUCCAACUGGCAUCUACAGCUUUAGUUUCUCCAACCCCGAGGACAGUGGCAGGCCUGAGCCGUGCCUGGUGGAGAUGGUAUUCGAGGAGGCCUGCAGGUACUACCAGAGAAGGAGUCUCAGCAGCUCCAAGCUGACGGUGGAGAAGUUGAAGAAAGGUGGAGUCUUCCAGGCACCCGUGGCCCUCACUGCCAUCCUGCAGCACAGCCUUCACCAAAAGCAGAAGCCAGCCCGAGGCCUCCAAGACACUUAUGCCAAGCUGCUGAGCACAAUCAGCCUGGAGCUGCAGAGCUACCUCAGCCUGGAGCUCCUCAAAACCUGUGUGGUGAGUGCCUCGGAGAGCAAGGUGGAAAGUUACUGUGAGGAACUGGUGGAGCAGGAGGUCAGCCGUGUUCUGCACUCUGACAUGGACAAGGACAACUUGGCCUACCUGAACUCAGUCUUUACCUCCUUCCCCAGGGCUGCCUGGAAAGCCACCAGGAGCUGCCUGCAGCUACAGCAGAACGGGGAUGGCCUCUUGGUGGCCCGGGCCACCCCAGAGGUUUGGAAGAAGAUCCUAGGAGGACCACAGCAGGAGGAGGUGGGGCAGAAUGGGGUGGUCCCGCUCUUUGAGCUCAUCUGUGCUUCCUUCCUGAGGUUCAAACCCAAGUGGCUGCCCAGCUUUGUGGAGCUGACCCAGCAGUACGUGAGCAUCUCCUGGCCAUACAGCGGCAAGGAGGGCCCAGAAGGCCGCGUGCCACUGUACAAGAGAGCCCUGGGAGUGCUGGCCAGGAAGAGCAAGCACAGUGAGGUGGAUGAUGAGUUGGAGCUCGAACUGCUGCUCUGCAGCAAGAGACCCAAGGCUGUGCUGCAAGCUCUGCACCUUCUCAUCCGCCUGAAGCAGUGGCAGCGGGUGGUGGAGGUGGCAGAGAAGUUCUCCAAGCUCAGUCCUUUGCUUAAUAAGGAGAUAUUCACCACGCUGCUAGCAGAGUUCGCCCAGCACCGGGAGCUGGACCCUUACCUGGACACACUGUGGCUGCUAUGCCCUGCUGAGCUCAGCACUUCAGACAUCCUCACCGUGGUCCUGCAGCACCUCCCUUGCUCCCAGCAGGACCCGGUGCCCUUCUCAAGUGAGGGGAACCAGCUGACUGUGGGCCUGCUCAAGCCGCUGCUGCAGCGGGUCAUGCAGCGUCCCUGCGUCCAGGAUGAGAUGUACUCAGAUGCCUUGCAGAGCCCCACCUUCCCCCCUCCCACCCCACCCCGAGAACACAAGAACCCUCCAAAAGCAGCGGGCAGCGAUGCUCCUCAGCCGGCCGGGGCAAGGACUUCUGCCUCAGCACUGGUGCGGGGUGACACUGUGUGAAGGGGAAAGCACAAUGGGAUCCCAGUCCUUGGGUGUGAGGGAAGGGGAAAACCACAUCCACUCCAGGAAGCCAUGCCCUGCUUGGCAGCAGGGAAGCCUGCUCCAUUUUGAAGCCUCGAGUCCGUGGGGGCUGGAGUUGGGUGUCUCACCUGAAGCCAGGGCAGGCUUUCUGGUUGUUUCUUGCAAGUGCAAUUGUUUGUGCCUCUGUAGAGGAGCAAAUGCGAGGUGCAUCUGUAGAUGAAAGCACUGGCUGCAUCACAGGACUGCAGAGCUGCUCUCUGCCCAAAACACUUUGAUUUUGGUUUGCUUGACUCUUCGCAACUUCACUUCUAGUUUUCCAGUCCUCUGGGAGCAGUGCUCUGGAGCAAGCACAGCCUUUUCCCCGUUCUGUGCUCAGCAAGUGGGGUGAUGCCUCCAGACUCUGCCUGUUUGUUGCAGUGGGGUCAUUGAGUCGCUGCCCUGAGCUCGGCAAGAUGCCAGAACGGUGCAGCUCUGUGACACUGGGAGCCCCAGCAUGCACUGGCAGCUGCAGCACUCUGUCUCGCUGCAAUUCCUCUGGGAGCAGCCCUGCAUCUGUGUCCAAUUGCAGCUACUUAGCUGAGGAGAGCAGCCUAAUUCCCUUAUCUCUCCAUCCCAGCCGCUACCCAAAUUCUCUUUCGAGCUGAGAAGCUGGCAGCAGCCCGGGCAAGCUUGGGGCUGGCCCUGCCUCUCCCUUUCCUUUGUGGAAGCUUAGAUUAUGCCGCAGGACGCCAGGGCCCUCCAUCCCCAUCUCUCCUACCUUCGCCCUUUGCACACAAAGGGGCUUUGUCAGGGUUGUCUGGCUCACAUUGUGCCUCUGUUUGCAAAGUCAGUGUAAUGUGAGAGCAGCCGUGCGGGAAGAUGCAGGUUCCAACCUGUGCUCAGUGCUCAGAGAGCCCCUGGCCGUGGUGCAAAGGGACCCCCGGCCGUGGAGCCACCUGGUGCUGUGCCAGGCUGGGAGCGGGUGGGGAAAGUCGGCUGUGUUAUUCCUGCUGAGAGCGGGCUCAAGUGGAGAAGGCAGUCUCAUUUUAAAAAUAAAGAUUCCUAAAGCA